UUGGCGCACUUGUCCGAAUUUUCCUGGGAAGAACCAAAGAGCUGAAAAUCUCCACAGAAUGCCAAGAUCAGCUGUUUAUCUGGCAGGCCCACAACGCUCUGUUCAUGAUCCGCUGCCUGCUCAAGGUGUUCAUCAGGGAGAUGAGCGAGGAGGAGCUGCACCUACAGUUCUCCUACCAGGAGAGGGCACCAGGCUCCUGUGGAGAAACGGGCAAACAGGACCUCCUCGAGGAGCUGCUGUCCAACCUCGUUCACCUGAUCGUUGAAGUGCCCCUGCUAGACAUCACCUAUAGCAUCCUGUUUGAAGCAGUGACCACACUCCUGGUAUUCUUCUCCUAUCAGCUUUUCCACAAAGACAUCCUCCGAGAUGGAUUAAUCUACCAGCAUGUCAUGAAGGGACGAUG